GAAUCUUUUCUCUGUCGUUAUAAAAGCCUGGACCGGUCCUUACCCUUACUCGUGCUGCAAAUUCUCCCCCAUUUCUUCUCCGAGUUCUGACAUUCACUUUGAUACUACACCUAUUUUCAACUUCCUUUCUACAAUUUUUUUUGCGUUGCAUAGCUACUCCCACCUCCUUAAAUAUCUCAAACAACGGGCCACAAUCAACCAAUGGCUGAAGCUCCGGAGAAAAUAUCCAUCACCAUUUGCGGGGAUGGUGGAUGCGGAAAAUCUUCCAUGACUCUACGGCUGGUACGCAGCCAGUGGGUGCAUGAGUACGACCCUACAAUUGAAGACUCAUAUUCCGUAACACGUACUAUCGAUGGCCUCCCUUACUUUCUCUGCAUAACCGACACCGCCGGCCAGGAGGAAUACCGUGGGUUAUGGGCCGCAUCCAACCUCAAGUCGGACGCCUUCCUGCUCGUCUACGAUAUCACAAACGAACUCAGUUUGAGCGCAUUGGACUACUUUAUGGAAAUGAUCCAUAUGGAAUCAGAUCAGCGAGAAGAGGAUAACUAUCGUCUGCGGAAGGAAUUGGGUGCGAGUGCUCGAGGUGUCGAUGUUGGGAUGCCGCCCCCGAUCAUCAUGUUGGCGGGUAACAAGUGUGACUUGAAAGAGAAUCGAGUUAUUGGGUCAAAAGCAGGGUUGGAGUAUGCGCGAAAGCAUGGCUGUGGGUUCAUGGAGACGAGUGCUAGGGAGAUGGUCAACAUCGAGGAAACUUUUGCUCUCCUGGUCCGUCGUGUAGUCGAAGCCCGUCAAGAACAUUACUCCAAGACCAACCCAGCAAGGGGGUUAAAAUUGACAUCCAUCUCGCCAAAGAAGGACAACAACAAUACCAAAGACCAAAGUAGAUUUAUGGGAUUCGGUAGGCAAAAAGAAAAGACAAGACCGAAGAGCGUAUGGAACCGGAUGUUGUGUUGUUGAUUUUGAUUUUCCCCUCUCCUUCAUUCAGUUUGAUAUACCCUUUUUUGCUUUAUGAUAUUCAGCAGAUGCAAUGAAUGGCGCAAUGGCGUACUCGGACAUGCAUAUCGGAAAUAGCAUAGCAUUAUCAAUAGGCAGGUCAUCGAUUAUUAUGGCUUGAGUUGUCAGUCAACCGGUCAUCUCCUUGAUAUACACAACCUUAGCGAGCUGUCAUAACCUGAUCAGCAUUGCAGAUAAACACCGGAAGG